AUGUGUCCUUCUGCAGCUGGGUACCCUGAUUUUUAUGCUGAGCAAGCAAAUGCACUGAAUAAUUAUGGAAAACCAUUUGCUAGUCCAUUUUCAGAGACAUACAAUCCAAAUUGGAGGAACCAUCCUAAUUUCUCAUGGAGGCAAAAUCAGCCUCCCACAAAUGUAGGUGGACAACAAGUGCAUCAACAAAGUCAAUUUCGUCCACCUACUCAAGCAUAUCCUCCCAUUCCUCAACCAACACCUCAGUUUGUAGCACCGCCAAGACCACAAUCAUCUUUGGAGGAGUCUCUCAAAACUUUCAUGCAAUCAACUAGCCAAGCCAUUCAAGAGAUAAAAAGUUCCACCCAUUUGAAUACUCAAGCUAUUUCAAAGUUGGAAAAUCAAGUUGGCCAGUUAGCAACCCAAGUUGGAGAGAGGGAAAAAGGAAAGUUUCCUAGUCAACUUAUACCUAACCCAAAAGGGCAGUAUGCAAUUAAUGGUUCUUCUAGUUCUACUCAUGCACAUGAAUCUGUUCAGUCUAUUACUACCCUUAGGUCUGGUAAGCCAGUUGAUAAUCAAGUGAAAAUGCCAGAAGUGGAGGAUGAUGAAAAUAUUGUGUUAAAGGAAAAGGGAACUCAUAGUUCACAAGAUGAUCAUAGAGAAAAGAAAGGCAACUCAACCUCAAUUCCAAUUCAGGAUCUUAGUUCUCCCCUUGAUAGGAGGUUUGUUCCUAAAGCUCCAUUCCCUCAAAGUUUAAUCAGUCCUCAGAAAAGUGCACAAUUUGGAGAUAUUUUAGAGGUUUUUAAGCAAGUGCAAAUUAAUAUUCCAUUUCUUGAUGCAAUUCAACAAGUUCCUGCUUAUGCUAAGUUUCUAAAAGAUCUUGUGACAAUGAAGAGAAAGACAAAUGUCCCUAAAAAGGCAUUUUUGACAGAGCAAGUUAGUUCAAUCAUUCAGAAUAAAUAUCCAGUGAAAUGUAAAGACCCUGGAUCUCCUACAAUUUCAUGCAGGAUUGAGGAUCAUCUCAUUGAGCGAGCUUUGCUAGAUUUGGGGGCAAGUGUGAACCUAAUGCCAUAUUCAGUAUACUUACAGCUAGGUUUGGGGGAGUUGAAACCCACAACCAUGACACUUCAAUUAGCUGAUAGGUCUGUGAAAAUCCCUAGAGGUAUUGUUGAGGAUGUGCUGAUUAAGGUGGAUGCGUUCUAUUUUCCUGUUGAUUUUGUUGUGUUAGACACUGAGCCUGCUCUAAAUGCCAGUACACAAAUCCAUGUCAUUUUGGGUCGCCCUUUCUUAGCCACAUCCAAUGCUUUGAUCAAUUGUCGGAGUGGUGUGAUGAAGAUUUCUCUUGGGAAUAUGACUGUUGAGCUUAAUAUUUUUGACAUAAGUAAGCAAGUACUAGACAAUGAGGAUAUAUGUGAGGUUAACAUGAUUGGGAGCCUAGUCCAUGAUACUUUCCUACAAUCAAGUUGUGAGGAUCUCCCAAACGCUUGCUUAACCCGUUUUGAUUGCAAUUUGGAUACUGAAAAAUCAAUUGAGGAGGUCAAUGCAUUGUUGGAUUCUGUUCCUCUCUUAAGUAUUGAUAGUUGGCAGCCAAAAGUGGUCUGUUUCCCACUUUCUUCAUCCCCAUUCCCAUCUAUUGUAGAACCACUAAAGUUGGAUGACUUUUGGGAACACCAAUUGAUAAGUAUACUUCAAGAGCAUAAGGAAGCUAUAGGUUGGAGAAUUGCUGAUAUUAAGGGUAUUAGUGCUUCUAUGGUUAUGCAAAGAAUUCACUUGGAAGACACUACAAAAGCUUCUCAACAUGUUUUUGACCUAGCUGAUAUUUGA